AUGAGGCGAAGCGUGGAGCUGGACGAUAGCACCCUGGUGGAGAUCUUGAGCAAGGUGGGCGAUGCGCGGCAGCUCGCGGAGUGCUCGCUGGUGUGCAAGCGAUGGUGGGAGCUGAGCUCGGCGGUUUCUCGCCUCCACUUCGACUUUGAGGUAAGUAGCAUGGAGGAGGUGAGGGACGCCGAGGAUACCAUCUCCAGCGUCCUCCACCGCGCCAAGUACAAGGCUCCCGGCUGCCUCAAGGAGCUCAUCGUCGUGCUCCAGUGUGGCUAUGGCGACGACCAGAUGGAAGUUAGCGGUCACUGGCUUGCUUGGGCUGCUGGCUCCGUCACAAGGCUCGCCCUCCAACUGGAAGGGCUCAAGUGGGGACCGGCGGUCUGGAGCUUGAUCGCGUGCUCCACCGCGAUCCAGAUGAUCUACAUAAGUGGGACAAUGGGCAUUAGCACCAAGAGCUUGGUGUCGUGCUCUCUCCAGGCCCUAGAAGUUUGCAAGCUUGUCAGCCCCGUCCCUCACGCGCUGCUCCCGAUGCUGCUAGCAUCGUGCCCAAGGCUGGAGGUUUUGAGCGCUGUCAUUGUUGGCGGGCAAUCCCUUACAGUCUCGAGUGGAAACCUCAAAGCUCUGACUGUGCUCGGGCAAUGCGAUGAGGACCUUGAGGCGUUUGAGCUUACAAUCGACGCCCCACAGCUGGAAGCUCUGCUGGUGGGAGUACACAGCCCAGGAACUCCAGUGAGCAUCCGGUUGCGCUCCGAGGAUUUGAAGGUGGCCAGCUUUUACGGCUGUUGUGUUCUUGACAAGCGAUGCGAGAAGGUACGUUGCUUGACGCUAUUUGGAGCCUGGGAGAUGGAUGCGAUUGCCGAGAUGUCUUGGUUCAUGCCUCUGGUCUCCAAGCUCUCCCUUUAUUAUUUUAAAAGCCACCACAAUAUCACCAUCGACAGGCUCUUAUCUUCGUUUGGUAGUGUGGACACUUUACAUUGCGACUGUCAUUCUCUUCAGUCAUUUGUGUCUGGGGGUGUCUCCGAUCUUCUCAACGAUCUCACUGUUCAUGUGGAGGAGUCUGCACUGCCCAACGCGCUGGUUCUCAAGGAUUUACUUGGAGUCAAAGGGAUUGUUAUUCACUACAAAGAUGUGGCCAAUUUGGAGCUGGUGAUAGGGAGACUAAGUUACGAAUCCUUGCGGGUGCUGUCCGACUUGCGUUCGUUGUCUCCUUGUCGCAUUUCUUUCACGCAUGAGAAGUUGCAUCCAUGGUUAUCGAUCCAUCUGUAGCCGUCAGCAAGGAAAAAAUCUAGAAAAUUUGACGAAUUUUCUUGCUUAAUUUCAACGGUGAUAAUACAUUCACACAACGAGAGUAAAGAGAUUGGUCCA